CUCCCCCUUUUAUUGUCGCCUCACCAAACAAUCAGUCACUUGUCUCUAGCCUGUUUCUUUCUUCCCUCUUCUACCAACUAAAGAUGUCGGCCUACUGCGGAAAGUAUCACGAUGAGCUCAUUAAGAAUGCUGCCUACAUCGGCACCCCAGGCAAGGGGAUCCUUGCAGCCGAUGAGUCUACCGGCACAAUUGGCAAGCGCUUAGCCAGCAUCAAUGUUGAGAAUGUUGAGGAGAACCGCCGUGCCCUCCGUGAGCUCCUCUUUUGUACCCCUGGUGCUCUCCAAUACCUCAGUGGUGUCAUCCUCUUUGAGGAGACUCUUUACCAGAAGACUAAAGAUGGGAAGCCUUUUGUCGAAGUCUUGAAGGAGGGUGGAGUCCUUCCUGGUAUCAAGGUGGACAAGGGCACCAUCGAACUUGCUGGCACUAAUGGUGAAACCACAACCCAGGGCCAUGAUGACCUUGCCAAGCGCUGCCAGAAGUACUAUGAAGCAGGGGCACGCUUUGCUAAGUGGCGUGCCGUCCUCAAGAUUGGUCCAACCGAGCCAUCUCAGCUAGCCAUCGAUCUAAAUGCUCAUGGGUUGGCCCGCUAUGCUAUUAUCUGCCAGGAGAAUGGCCUGGUACCCAUUGUAGAGCCUGAGAUCCUUGUUGAUGGGCCACACGACAUCAAACGUUGUGCUGAUGUUACAGAGAGGGUGCUUGCUGCUUGCUACAAGGCACUUAACGACCACCAUGUUCUCCUAGAAGGGACUCUCCUGAAGCCAAACAUGGUAACCCCAGGGUCCGAGUCUGCGAAGGUGGCACCCGAGGUGGUGGCUGAGUACGCUGUGCGGGCUCUCCAAAGGACGGUCCCAGCUGCUGUGCCAGCUAUUGUCUUCCUCUCAGGCGGCCAGAGUGAAGAGGAAGCGACCUUGAACCUGAAUGCCAUGAACAAGCUGGGGGGAAAGAAGCCCUGGUCACUUUCUUUCUCAUUUGGCCGUGCCCUGCAGCAAAGCACGCUCAAGGCUUGGGCUGGGAAGGUGGAGAAUGUGGAGAAGGCGAGGGCUGCUUUCCUUGCAAGGUGCAAAGCGAACUCAGAGGCAACACUUGGGAAAUACAAGGGAGAUGCUGCUGGUGGUGAAGGCGUCUCUGAGAGCCUUCAUGUGAAGGAUUACAAGUAUUGAGCUUGGUCUGUUACUGGAACCACCUAUCUUUUUUUGUUAGUAAAUGAUGAGAGGGAGAUGGGAAUGGAUUUUCCUCGGACUAGGGUAUCUUUCUCCUUAAUGCUUUAAAUGUUUUUAAUAAGUUUGGAAGGCAUUUGCUGCCUUCAGUGUACUGUCUUAGCUGUUUAUCAUACUUAUUGGUUUUGUUGUUCGUCUUUCUGGC